CAAAAACUUGACACGCUAAAACACAACACCUAACAAUGGCCAAGUGUAACCAAUGAAAGGGACUGCAGUAUAGUGGCACAAGUAAUAAAUAUGGAAUCCACGGGUCUCUAGAGUUACUAUUACUCAGCUUCAGUUCAUUAUCUAGCAAACUAGAUUAAGGAGUGAUUUACUAAACUACUCUACUAACUACUCUACUAAUUACAAGUUGGGAACUCACUUUGGUAUGAUUCCCCCUAGCUCCUCAAUUAGGUCCAAGUUGCAAUUACCUUUGGUUGAUCUACUGUUGAUUAAACUGCGGAAGAUCCUAAAUUAGCUUGGAAUCUCUUAAGCUGACCAAGCCCUCUCAGACAGAAUACCCGGCAGGCGACUAGCCUUCACCGAGAUAGACUGCUAAGGCGAUUCACACAGAUCUCCACUAGUGGAAUGAAUUCCAGUACAAAGCAGUGAAUUGAUUGACUCUCGCACAACCAAUUCACCACUAUCAAUCAAGGAAGCUCUCUUAACCUAAUCAGAUUCUAUCUAUCAUAGGUUAAAGCAGAAAUCAAGAGAAUUUGAUCAAGAUUCAAUUGACUCAAUAAAUCAUGCUUCAAUCGAUUAUAAUCAAACAAUAUAGCAUCCAAAACUUCAUACAAGAAAGAUCCUAACUCGUGGAACUAGGGUUCCUCAAAACCUAAGUGAAGGGAAGUUACUCCAUAGAGAAGAGAGAGACUGCAGAAAUCUGAUCUAGAUCUUCAAUCUCCAUCUCCAAGCUUGAUUCCCGAGCUCCAAUGGCGAAGAAAUCCUCCAAAAUAGCUCCAAGAAUGUUCCCAAGUCGCUCUCUCUCUCUAAGGUUCGUCCCUUGGGUGUUUGGGAUCCAAAACCCAGCUCUCCCCCUUUCCUUUUGCUGAAAAUCGGGUUUUAAACAGCAAUUCCCGACUCACACGGCCAGGCCACACGGCCGUGUGGCUUUCCCAGAUGCCCGUGUGAAGGCUCGGUGAUUUCCACACGGCCACAUGGCCAGGUCACACGGCCGUGUGGGUUGUGCCCGUGUGGCUUGCUCAGCCUCUGUUUAAUGCUUCGUUUCUCCCUCGUCCGGACUCCGAAUCAGUCGCCGUUUGAUCCCAGACGCUCGUAGUCUCGUGCUCUUUCUUUUCAUGACAAGCUUGCAUAAUUCUUUGUCCAUAAAGUAAGGUAGAAAUCCAUUCUUCUUCAGGUCAUACCCGAGUUUCUUCUCCCGAAUCGUCAAUUGAUCUCAGAUUGACUUGAAACUUGCGCCUAUGCUUCACUUUAUGUGCUAGGACCUGAAAUGUGACAAAGGAACACAACCUAGCGUAAAAUAUGCCAAAGACACGAUAAUUCAAGCUCAAACAAUCAAGAAACAAAGGGGAAAACAUGUGCAAAUACCGAGUCAUCAGCAGGCUAAGUAGCAUAUGAUGGAGGUGGGCGGCGCUGAGAGGGACUAGCUCCUGAGGCUCCAGGUUUGGCGAAAGCACUCCCCUCAAGAAUGCGAUCCUGCAAAACUCGACAAUCGGGGAUGAUAUGACCCGAUUUCUUACAAUAAACACAAAUUUUUAUGUUUUCGACUAUAUUUCUAGAUAUGUCCCUUGACUCGGAAGAAAUGGCAUUCAACAGUCCCAGACGGGAUGCGCCAGUGAAACUGAGGACGCUGGGCAGCAAAGGCGUCGCCGGCAGGUCCAUCAUCGGAGGCAGUAGCAGCUGGGCGGGGGAUUGGAGGCUCAGAAUGCGACUACGCUGGUGGAGACCUGCCUUUGAUGUGUCCUGUAGCAAUGAACGCGACCUCGCCACUGCCUGGGAGAGCAUCCAGCGAGGCCUGUGUACGAAUUCGGGUCUCCUCCCGAAUCAAGGCCCCCAACACAUCCGCAAUCUUCAAGUCGUCGCGGUUAAGGAGAGUGGCUCAGACUGGUUCAAAUGAGGGAUUGAGCCACGCCAUAAACUAAAGUAGACGAUGAUCAAGAGCGGCGCGUACCUCGGCGGAAGGUGCGGGUGUCAUCAAGGAAUAAGCGACGAGAUCCUGCUCGUUCCACAGCUGGCGGGCAGCAUUGUAAUAGCUUGCAAUAUCCUUGUCGCCUUGAUGUAAGGCAGCUAACUCCACUUCAAUUUCAAACUGGCGAGCUGCACUAACAGUGGCAUAAGUCUCUGCAAGGUACUUCCACAUGGUUGUUGCAGUCGGCAACAUACGUAGACCAAGACAAUUGUGGGAUCGACGGAAUUGAGGAGCGUUGAUUUCACCUUUGCGUCACUAGACACCCAGGACGAAAUUUCUUGAGCUGAUGCGGGUGGAACAAUCGGCUUUUGGGAGGAUCCAUCAAGCCAACCGAUCAAUCCCUUCCCUUCGAUGAAGAUAUGAAGCUGGAAUUCCCAAAGAGCGUAAUUUUUUUAUUUGAGACGUGCAGAGAUGUGAUCGGAAUCCAUAGCGGUAGGCUCUGAUACCAUGUAAAUCGAAAUAGAACUGAUACGGAUUAGAAACGAAGUCGACAUAGAGAUUUAUGUGGUUUCCUCAUUCAGGAUGAACGAGACAAGUCCACGGCCGAAGCGAUUAGGUUUUUGUUAUUAAUUCCUCACGUCGGCAGCCCUCAUUACAUUCAUAUAUAUAGGGUUCCCAUCUAAACCCUAUGUUACAUCCCAUACACAUGUACAAAAGUGGGCUUCUUAAUCAAGGCCCAUAAUCACUCAACAUUGCUCGAUUCCCAGAAAUCGCAACCUUCGCCAAUAUGAGGAAGGCUAUGAGAGUUGAAAGGAGCGGAGGUUUUGGGAAGGGACAACAUGAUGGGAGAUUACAACGAUUGGAUUCGGCGAUUGAGAAGAAACAGAGUGGAGGAGAUGUCGGAUUCGCCAGAGGAAGAUAAGAGAGGGGAGAGACGGACUCGAGUCGGAAAAGUAAGGGAUAGUUACGGAAAAGAAUUAAAAAUAAUGAUGGAUUGUGAAAUAGCUUAUGGUCAUCAGCUAUUUCCAAAAUCCACAUUGAAGAGAUUUUAAAAUUCCUAAUCCUGAAACCUCUCAUCUAUCCAAACGAGGGACUGUUUUAAAAUACUUCAUAAUGAAAGAUUGUUUUAGAAUUUCUCACAAAUUUCUCACUACUAUUCUAUUCACUUUUUCAGGAAGAUUAUAGAGCAAGUGACAUAAUCUCAUUCGUACCAUCUCAAAUGCUUCACCUGGAUCAACUACUUGCUUGUUAUUCUUCAGGAAUCUGCUCAAAAGACUCUUCGAUUAACCCGAAGAGAAUAUAUCUUUUAAUAGAAGAACGAGACUUUUUCCUUCUUUAGUUUUCUAAGAAAAAAGGGGAGCAAUUUGGCAACGGCUUUACAUAAGACGACAGUGAAGAGUAAGAAAGGUUGGGCAGACCGAAGUUAGAUACAAAUGGAAGAGGAACUUAAGUAGUACAUAUGGCAACGUGGUUUUGGUUGUUUAGCAGUCAAUGGUGGAAAAUAAUAGGGCAUAGCAUCUAGUCGACCAAAGCUGAAGAUGAGAUGCAUUCCAGUCGGAGACGUUGAAUUUUGGGGCAUGGGACAAAUCGCCGCAAUUACGAGAACUCUAUUGACCUUUAUUUUAUUCCAAUCAAGGAAGGAGGCAUGUGUAAGACAAGUCGUUGGGAGGAACUAAUCAAAUAUGAGGAUGACA